CCGAACUAAGAUUUCGUUUUGAAAUAAUUUUCUUAUUGUUUCUUAAAAUAUCUUUCUCUUAUAAAAUUUUUAUAUAAAAAAAUAUUUUAAGAAGCAAUUAGCCGUCCCAGAUGAAGCUUAAUACAGCUACUCGAGCCUAAUCAAUCCUUGACGGCCAUGAAACGAAGCGAGCGGCCACUCGGUUACUGUCCUUGCUUUGCUUCGCCGCUCUAUGACCCUUUUCCUUCGCUGCUGCUGCCGUUGCCUAUCUUAUUCCUCAGCAGCAAUCCUUGCUAACACCGCACCUACAGCCGCCGCCUCUUCUUCCUCUCUUUCCGUCGCGUCUCUCCUUCUAUCCUGUCGAACUCUUCGAUCCCUCGAGCAAAUCCACCCUCACAUUAUCCGCAAGGGCCUAGAGCAGCACCAGGUCCUCGUUUGCCGCUUUCUCGUCCUCUGUGCUUCCCACUUUGCGCUACGUUACGCUUCAGAAGUAUUUUUUCGCGUCUCCUCGCCCAACGUCAUCCUAUGGAACGCUCUCCUCAAUGCCUCCUCCAACCUCUCUUCGCUCUCCGACACUCUCUCCCUCUUUAAUCUCAUGCGCCAUUCUCAACAUCCUGAUGGGUUCUCCUUUCCGUGUCUUCUCAAAUCCUGCUCUUUCCACCCCGCCCUUUUCCUUGGUGCUUCCCUCCACGCAGCUAUUGUCCAUCUCGGCCUGGAGGACGACCUCUUCAUCCGCACCUCCCUUAUAAACUUCUACGGAAAAUGCCGCCAGGUUGACGCUUCUCGGAAGUUGUUUGACACAAUGUUGUACAGGAAUGAGGUCUCUUGGACCGCCAUGAUUACUGGCUACGUUAUUUGUGGCAAUGUAGUGGCCGCCCGCCUUCUGUUUGAUCAAAUGCCUGAGAGGAAUAUUGUUACUUGGAAUGUCAUGAUUGAUGGGUAUGUGAAGGCUGGGGAUUUGAUUAAUGCUCGGAAGGUUUUUGAUGAGAUGCCGAAGAGGAAUGAGAUUUCCUUUACUUCAAUAAUUGACGGGUAUGCGAAGGCCGGUGACAUGGUUUCCGCAAGGUUUAUGUUUGAACAGUUGAACAACAAAGAUGUUUUUUCAUGGUCUGUGAUGAUAUCUGGGUAUGCACAGAAUUGCCAACCCAAUGAGGCUUUCAAGCUUUUCGUUGAGAUGUAUAAUAGAAAGAUUGAACCUGACCAAGUUGUUAUAGUCGGAUUGAUGUCAGCAUGUGCACAAUUGGGUAGAAUUAGUAUUGCUAAGUGGGUAGAUCUAUAUGUUCAGCAGAUCUCCCUUGAUGCUAGUCAACCUCAUGUAUUGGCUGCCAUGAUAGAUAUGAAUGCAAAAUGUGGAAACAUGGAAAGAGCUUCCAUUUUGUUUGAUUCAAUGCAGAUAAGGGAUUUGGUCUCUUACUGUUCGUUGAUGCAAGGCUAUUCUAUACAUGGUUUUGGAGCUAAGGCAGCUAAACUGUUUGAUCAAAUGCUUAAAGAAGGGAUCAUCCCAGAUGAUAUUGCAUUCACAGUGAUACUCACGGCAUGCGGCCAAGCUGGCCUCAUUGAAGAGGGUAGUGGGUAUUUUAAGUUGAUGAAAGAUGUGUACAAUAUCGAUCCUUCGCUUGAUCACUAUGCAUGCAUGGUAGAUCUUCUUGGACGAGCCGGUUUGUUGAAAGAGGCAUUUGAAUUUGUGAAAUCUAUGCCUAUGGAGCCUCAUGCUGGUGUGUGGGGUGCACUUUUGUUAGCAUGCAGGAUGCAUUGCAAUACAGAGCUUGCCGAGAUAGCCUUGUUAAGGCUUAGUGAGGUAGAGCCACAAAAUGCAGGAAAUUUUGUCUCGAUGUCAAAUAUCUAUGCUGCAGAUAAUAGGUGGGCUGAUGUUUCCCAAGUAAGGAAUAUUAUGAGAUUGAAGGGGUUAAGAAAGAUCCCUGGCUGUACUUGGGUUUAUUCCUAGAGAAUUUUUUUUGGUGUUGAUUUGGUAAUUGAGAUUGGCUAUUUCUACAAAAUCUCACAUGGAAUGGCGGGGAAUAUGACCCGGCCGAUGCUAUUGGUUUUUGGAGAUCUUUGCAUUUUUUACUGGAAGGCAUACCUUGUUUUGUUGAUUUUAACAACUGCUACAGAGCUGCAACACUCAAUCAUGAAGAAUGAUAUUGUUCUAUUCGAUUUACAAAAGUUGGUUAUGCAGCAUUGUUGUUGAAAAGCGAUAUCAUAGUGUGUGACUUUGACUAGAAAACUGAGAUUUUCGCUGACUUUUCUGAGAUUUUAAUCUUAGUGAAGUAAUGAAGCGGCACAUCUGUAUAUAGGAAAAUUGGAAGAGAAGAUGAAGAGUUUUUGUUUCUCCAUUUUAAGCUGAUUAUUAAAUCAGCAAGAUGCGAAUCAGUAGAUUGAAGAUUCGACUAUUCUCAAACUUCUUGGCUUGCAUGCUAAGAAGGAUUAAAUAAUUCAUGAUUUUUGGACUCAAUCUGGAUAUGCAUUGUCCAUAAGUUAAUGCUGUUGUAAGACCGGGCAAUGAUGUGGAGGUUUUCUAUCAUCUCCUGGACGUUGUGACUUGUUGGCAACCACUGGUGUUCCUUAUGGUGUGCUUUUUGGGGUGUCAAACUUUGCUGGAUCAGUUCUUCCCCUCCUAUGGAUGGUCCUUGUCUAGCUUCUGGGUGAUGGUUUUAAGCUUCCUGUUAAAGACUUAGCCCGACUGUAUAUGCCUUUCCACUGCUUGUUUCAUCUUUGGCGUCUUUUGUAUUGUUAUUUUGACUUUUGUCCUUGCUUGGACUUGUGUCUGUUUAUUUUUGGUUUUAACGUUAGGCCCUUCGUUGAUCUUUUAUAUUAAAAAAAAAUACAGUACUGAAAAAAUCAUUCUAUCUUUGGUGACUACUUAAAAAUUGGUAUUAUCUUAUCAAUUGAUCCUGCUUAUAAUUCUUCAUCCUAGCAUGAUACUUGAUAUGCUCUCUUUCCUACAUAUGCUGCCCAUUUCUAUAUGUCCUUGUAAUAAUAAGCAUGCCACUACCGACAAAAUCAAGAAUCAUGGUGACAUAUACCUACAAAAUCUCAGAAAUCAUUUUGGCGAUGUUAAGAAUUGGGAGUUUAAUGCCAAUGGUACUUUAUUCAAGCCUUUUAUAAGGUUCUAAUUUCAAGAGGUGCAGCAUCUCCUAUUUACUAGGCUUCUAAAAAUGAUCAUAUUUACCUGUUUAGUCCUCAAUAAUAAGAUCUUGACUAACGGUAAUCUAUAGAGACCUGGCUGGCAAAGUGAUAUGUAUUUAUUAUCAUGUUUUGCAUGGAACUGUUGAUCAUCUUCUUCAUCUAUCUCUUAGUCUGAUUGUCUGCUUUUUUACUUAAUGAUGAUCUUCCUGCUUUUACUAUAUGCCUUUUUCUUGUAACAUGUUUUGUUGACCAUGCACUCUACGAGGGAUAUAAAGCUCUUUAGUUAUUUUAUUCUGAAUAUUUAAUGUUUUUUUUGGUAAGUCUAUUUUUGCCAUUACUCUUUGCUUCAAACUUAUUCAUUUAAUUGUUUUUUUUUUCUAAAUAAGAUAUUUUAAUGAUGGAACAGAAACUCAAGCUUUCAGUGAUUGGUUUCACUGAGAGCAACCCUUCUAUCUGUGUAUAUGUAAUCUUUUGUAAAGCUGUAGCUGGCCGCGGACAUUUGUUGUUCCAUUUUCAGCCUCACUACUUUAUUUUACUAACAGCUUUAUCAAUCAUAAUACCAAUGGUGACCUAGUUGGUUCUGGCCUUCUGGGUCAUGGCAAGCAUCCAUGAGCUACCUGACGUCACAUCCCUUCUUGUUCAUGCCUCAGCAUCGACAACUGGUGGACUGCUACAACAAAGAAAGCUUCAUAAUCUUGAUCACAGCCCAUAGCUAAGUGUGAUUUUUUGUUACAUUUUUUCUCUUGAUCCCUACCUUUUUUGCAAGGAUGGAAUUAACAUAAAGUUUCAUAUUUUUUCUUAGAAACUCUCUUAUUUGUCUUUCCUGGGAUGAUUGUAAUUGUAGGCUGCAUGAUUGAUCAAAUUCCUCUAUGAUGGUUGCGGAUCCUCCUUCCAUGUUCAAUGAGGCUAAGCUGGCUAGCAACAUUGGCCAGAGGCCAUGGUGUUCUCUAGCAGCUUCACUGAUGGGCCACUGAAUUUCUAUGCUUAAUUGCAACUUUUAUAACAAGAGAAGCAGAAAAAUAGGCAGAUUCUAAUGAUAACUUGCUUCAGUUUUCUGUUUUGUUAUUAAAUUUGAAUUGGUAUCCCCAUCAUAUUUACAUCUAGUGUUCUCUGAUAUGUACCUUUUUUCCAGUUUGUAUUAUUUCAUAGUUCUUCAAUUCAUUUUUAAUGUAUUGAGGGUUUUAAACUCAGUGAUACUUUAUUUGUGAGCAUGGAAAUUUUAAAAGUUUAGUUAAAUUAUUGUUUCAUAUAAUUGAACCUUUGUGAAUUGGCA